AUGGCGAACUGGGAUAGAUACAGCAGGCAAGGCAUUGAUCUUGCUCAUACAGCGACCUCAUUCAGCUUCUCGGCGGCUAAGCUCGGCACUCGGUUAGGGUUCUCAAUUGCCAGAGGCAUUGCAACGACCGCAGUCGGGGUCACCACCGCUGUCCUCGACUUUACUAUAUUUGGAGGAAGCACUGUCACUCGCCCCGUCUUCGGUCUCGCGGUCUCGACCGUACUCACUCUGGCUGAACAAAUCACUCUUGCACCAAUUCACCUCAGCGAAUACAUCACUUCCACUUCGCUCUUAGCCGCCCAUAGCUCUAUCAACGUUCUUUCAGUCAUAUUUCCUGGCAGCAGUGAUGCAUCAUUCUCUUUGGCCUCGUUUAUUGGUCUGGUUCGGAGGGAGUGGAACACACAAGCUAACGAUGAAAAUCUACCGGAGAAGCAGUACGGCCUCACACAGGUUGCUCGCGCGAUAGUAGGAUGGGUGGCUCUGCAGGGAGUUACUCAGGAGUGGCAAGAGAAGCGGUGGUUCAAGUCUUUGAAAGAGAUUGACGUCAAGGAUGUACCAAAGACGCAUCGGACAUUGACCCAUAAAUCCUCUCGGAUACGCGUUACAUCAGAUGUAAUUUUUCCAGGGCAGCAAGGGCCUCAAAUUAUCGCGGCCGACAUCGGCGAACCAGAGCCCAGCCGGUCGCGUGCCUCUUCGAUUUACCUCUCUAGAACGAAGUCCCAUUUAUCACAGAAUCGUAGUCGAGCGCCUUAUUCCACUAUCCUCGACAUAUCCCAUACAUACCGGACUACUGCUGAGUUGAAGGCUACCUUACGAAGGCUAUCCAAAAUGGUCCUUGCCGGAUAUGGUGGAGCCAGUCUGCUGUUCUUUGGCGUGUCUCCAACAGCAUUCGGGAAUACUGGGAAACCCAUCAGUUCAGGACUACUGCCAGCGUCAGAUUCCGCAUCUAUUGACCGCGAGAAGACUGCGGAGGAAGCUCAACUUGCAAACGCAGUUGAUGCGUCGGAGGCCGAGGCUGCUGGGGACGGUUUCCCUGAACUGCCCACCGGUGCUGAAGAGGCCAAGAAAGAGUAUUCAUGGUGGGAUGUGCUGCUGGGUAAGCAUGACCAAGAGAUUUUUGAGCGCUCGACGCAGCAUACGGACGCGGAGACGAUCAGGCUGAGGAGGCCAAAUAAAGGAAAGAUGAAAGCUACGGCAGUCAUCGGGAAUGAACACCUUAUGCCUCGGUUCUGGGUCCUGACAGAUCAUGGCCGUGGACAAGUUGUCCUCGUCAUACGAGGAACGAUGUCUCUCAACGAAAUUGCCGUCGACCUCACCUGCCAGCCAGAAACUUUCCAACCCGCAUCGACGCCUCCGGCCCCCCAUAGCGACGACGAAGACUACGUCUCUGUACCCGGCCAAUUCUCUUUUCCUACGAUAGCGGAGAAAGAAGCAAGUGAUGGCGGUGCACCAACAUACCAUGUUCAUGGUGGCAUGCUGAGGUUGGCAAAGGCAAUGGGUGAUGUUGGGAAGCCAGUGCAAUUGGCAGUGAUGGAGGCACUGCAUCAUAAUCCUGAUUUUGAUCUCGUUCUAUGUGGGCAUAGUUUAGGUGCUGGUGUCGCCGCCAUUCUUGGGAUGUUGUGGGCGGAUCCGAAGACGUGCUUGACGGUUCGAUCAAGCGGACUACCUGUUGGCCGUCUCGUGCAAGUCUAUUGUUUCGCGCCUCCAGCAUUGACAGACGGGGCCCUUUCGCGCCUCUCAGAGAAGCUCGUCAUUUCUCUUGUCUAUUCGCACGACGUUGUUUCGCGUCUCUCUCUUGGAUCCGUGCGUGACCUCAAGAACGCUGCCAUGUGGUUGUGUGAGGCAGAAGAAAGAGAAAGUGGAGACGGGUGGUCUGCUGUGACAACUCGCGCAAAGCGGUGGAAAGGUGGUUCGGAAUCCAGCGACGAGAUGGAUUGGUUCAUCGCCAUGCGAAAGACCUUAGAAGCCAACAUGCAGAAUAGGAAUUUAUAUCCACCUGGACGCGUGCUAUGGGCAAUGAGAGACGGCGAGCUACACCCCUCUCAUCAGCGACCCCCUGUUCCAAAUAAUACGUCUCCCGCUUCUGGCCAGCAUAAGCUCCGUGUUUUCGAGGUGUUAGAUGUCGAGAAGGUCUUUUCACAGAUCGUGUUUGCGAGGAACAUGCUAACAGCACAUAUGCCUCACCAGUAUGACCAAGUCCUUCACGACCUGCUUUAG